UACAGUCACUGAUGUCAGAGAGAUGUGCUCAUGACACUCACCGCAGUUUGCUUACAAGCCUUGCCACUCUAAGAGGUCCGCGCGGUGACAUUCUCACUAAUGGUGUAGGACAUGGGACAGCAGUUGCAAGGCUACCUGGGCAGACUGGAGGGUCUGUUACAGAAGUCAUCACCGACCUGUCCACCAGUGAUAAGACGACAAACACAAACAGAUACAGUCUUGUCCUUAGUGAGACUUCAUUGCAGAUAUUUUUGGACAAAAAUAUUGGCAAGGGUGCAUUUGGAGAUAUCUUGAUGGGAAGAUUUGAAAGCAGAGAUGUAGCUGUAAAGAAAUGCCGAAAUGCCAGUGAAUAUCAGAGAUUUGAGCGAGAGUUUGAAAUACUGUGCAAGCUCAAGCGUAAACAACAUCAUCCAAAUAUUGUAGAAUUCAUUGGCUUGUAUGACUUAAAAGACCCAACUAUAUGCUAUGUUUAUGUGAUGGAAUAUGCAGAAAAUAAAUCCCUGGUAAAGUUCUUGACGAGUCGGCCAGAACCAGUGAUGGUACAUCAGAAGCUCAAACUCCUCAAGGAUGCUGCUCAUGGAAUGCAGUUCAUCUUUGAGAACAACAUCAUACACUGUGAUCUGACAGCUGAAAACAUUCUAGUAAAAGCUGACCUAACUGCACUCAUAUCUGACUUUGGUUGGGCCAAGGAGCUGGAAACUGAUGUUGAAGACUUCACAUACAUGCGCUCGAACCCCAAGACGAAGAUUUUGUGGUCAGCCCCAGAGGUCUUGCAAUCCAAGUAUUCAAAGUUCACAGACAAUUGGAGUUACGGUGUUGUGUGCUGCGAGGUAUUCCUUGAUGGAAAGCAACCUGGGUUUGAUGACUCUGCAGCUGGGAACAAAGAUGAAGCUGAGAUCUACUGGCAGAAAAUCAAUCAAGGGCAGAGAUUUCCAUGCCCUGAAUUGUGUCCAAAGGAAAUCUAUGAUGAUGUCAUGUUGAGGUGCUGGGAAAAAGACUUUAUGAAGAGGAUUCAUUUCCAUGAUAUUGUUACCUACAUUGGAUCAUGGUUGGAAAAUCAUCCGUCCUAGGCAAGAGAUGAUAAAGCUCAAGAGAUUAUCUAACAUUCCAAAAUCCAUUUCUGAUUUUGGAGUACGUGUUUAGUUUUCAAAGUGUUUCAUGUUUUUUUGCCACAUAUUAUUUAAUCUUUGUUGUUGGAUUUUAACUUCCAAAGCCAGAAUGUGUCACAAAAUUAUUGUAUAAAAUAACAUGAAUUUAAUUAAAUGGGAACAUUUUUGCCACUAUUAAACAAGCAUAAAUUGUUGAAAAUCAAAUUAUGACAUUACCUUGUUUUGAUUUAAGACAUACAAACUGUAUUUUACAGCUGUAACUUUAAGUUUGUAAUACAUGGCUUAGUAGGAAUUGUCCAUAUCUUUUGACUGGUUUAAAUGAAAUAACUAGAAAUUAAGUUUUAAUUUAGAGUCCCAAAUUGCAUACCACCUUAAGUUUGUAAUGCUCCUGGCUCAAAUGAUCGGGGGUAUAUUGUAUUCGGCCUGUUUGUCAUUGUGUAUGUCUGUCCCAAAACUUUAACCUUGGUCAUAACUUUUGCAAUAUUGAAGAUAACAACUUGAUAUUCGACAUGCAUGUGUAUCUCAUGGAGCUGCACAUUUUGAGUGGUGAAAGGUCAUCCUUCAAGGGCAAAGGUCAAAUAUAUGGCUUCAAAGCGCAGUAGGGGGCAUUGUGUUUCACAAACACAGUUUUAAUUAUUUGAAUAGAGAUGAGUGUACAUGUUAUCUUGUUUGAAGUAACUUCAUGAAAUGAUUUAUUUAAUUAUUUAUCAAUUUAAAAAAACAGUACAUAAUUAUGUUAAUUAAGUUACCGAUACCGUGGUAUAUAUAAGUGUACAUAUGUUUGUUUCGCCUUAUGACUCAUUAUCUUGCCAUAUCAUUUAUUAAGUAUGAAAGAAACAGUAAUUCCCCUACCUUGGGCAGCGAUUUUGACUUCCCCAAGCACCCAUGAGCUAACUAUAUACCGGUAAUGUUUGAUAAUAGAAACAGUACACAUGAUGGUACUGGCAGCCGCACAAAUCUGUUUAUUUUGUCGUAUAUUUGUUGAAUACCACACAUUCAUGUUUUAUUUUUACACAUACGGAACUAAAAGCUCUGAGAAAUAAUCAAACUUGUUAUACCCCCUUAAACGAAGUUUAGGGGGGUAUAUAGGAGUGAACUUGUCUGUCGGUCUGUCUGUCGGUCCGUAUUAAGUGUCCACUCUCUAAUUCAAGUAGUUGUCUUCCAAUCUUCACCAAACUUGGUGAAAAGUUGUAUCUACAUGAUGUCUAGGCCAAGUUCAAACAUGGGCCUUGCCGGGUCAAAAACUAGGUCACGGGGUCACUUAGUGGGUUUUAAACAUUCAGCAUGUUGUCGGCUCUCUAAUUCAAGUAGUUUUCAUCCGAUCUUCACCAAACUUGGUCAGAAGUUGUAUCUAGAUGAUCUUAAGGCCAAGUUCAAACAUGGGCCGUGCCGGGUCAAAAACUAGGUCACAGGGUCACUUAGUGCGUUUUUAGCUUAUCUAUUUUUUUUUUUAAUUAUGAACUAUUGUCAUCACCUUGGCGUCGGCGUCCGGUUAAGUUUUGCUUUUAGGUCCACUUUUCUCAUAAAGUAUCAAUGCUAUUGCAUUCAAACUUGGUACUCUUACUUACUAUCAUGAGGGUACUGGGCAGGCAAAGUAAGAUAACUCUGGCUUGCAUUUUGACAGAAUUAUGUGCCCUUUUUAUACUUAGAAAAUUGAAAAUUUUGGUUAAGUUUUGUGUUUAGGUCCAUUUUAUUCCUUAAGUAUCAAAGCUAUUGCUUUCAUACUUGCAACACUUUCUAUCAUAAGGGGACUUUGCAGGCAAAGUUAUGUAACUCUGACUGGCAUUUUGACAGAAUUAUGUUCCCCUCUUAUACUUAGAAAAUUGAAAAUUUGGUUAAGUUUUGUGUUUAGGUCCACAUUUUUACUAAAGUAUCAAAGCUAUUGCUUUCAUACUUGCAACACUUACUAAUUAUCAUAAGGGGACCAUAAAGGCAAAGUUAUGUAACUCUGACUGACAUUUUGAUGGAAUUAUGGGCCCUUGAUACUUGAAAAUUUGGUUUAGUUUUGUGUUUUGGUCCACUUUACCCCUAAAGUAUCAUAGAUAUUGCUUUCGUACUUGGAACACUCGCAAACUAUCAUAAGGGGACAGUAAAGGACAAGUUGCAUAACUUUGGUUGUCAUUUUUACGGAAUUAUGGCCCUUUUUUGACUCAGUAACUUUGAAUAUAUGGUUACAUUUUGUGUUUAGAUACACUUUACUUCUAAAGUAUCAAGGCGAUUGCUUUUAGACUUCAAAUACUUUCAUGCUAUCAUGAGGGUACUGUACCUGGCAAGUUGAAUUUUACCUUGACCUUUGAAUGACCUUGACUCUCAAGGUCAAAUUAUUAAAUUUUGCUUAAAUUGCCAUAACUUCUUUAUUUAUGCUAAGAUUCGAUUGAUACUUUGACUAAACAAUUCUUACCUGACAUACCACAAUAGACUCCCCCCAAACC